UUUAUGUUUACAUCUGCACAUACACAAAAAAAAAACAAAAGGCCCUGUUUAUUUAUAGAAACCAAAUCCAAGUAGACUUAGAAACAACAAGCAUCCUUCUUUUUUGAAAAGCAAAAAUCACAAUGCCUUCUUUCUCCAAAGUUUUAUCGUUUCUGAAGUCUAUCGAAUAUGUAAAAAUUCCUUGUCUUUUUAUGUUUGCAGCGAUUGUCGGCAUGAAUCUUUCACUGCUUUAUUGUCUCUUGCGAGGAUGGAAACACGUUGGACUUUGGAGCAUUGGCACUCUUAUUUCCGGAUUCAUUGGAACUUUUUUGGCUUACAAGAAAAAAAUCUCUUGGUCUCACCUUUUACUCUUGUGGUCAACAGUUGAUGCCUUCUUUAGCAUGUGUUUAAGAUCAUGUGUGCUGAUUUACUUUUCCAUGAAUCCUUAUAUACUAUGCGAAGUGUUUGGCAGCGAAAAUGUGAUGGUAUGCAGCGCCAAUAUGCAAAAGGUAUUUAUGGUUAUUGUUGCCGCCUCCAAUCUGUACAGUUUUUUCCAAUUGGGUUGUUGCUUGCUGGUUUUCAACAAUGUUAUCAAAGUGCAUUCCAUCGAGGAUUUGGAAAUCCAAUACAUAUCCAAUGGUACAGAGCAAGAAGUCCAUUUACAAAAUGGUUCUGAUUUCCCUGAAAAGCCUAUUCAACUGUAAAUGACUUUUCGAGUGGAGGCGGCUUUGGACUGUGAAAGGAUCCUAUCAUUCAUGCCGCUACUUUAAAAUAUUGGUUUAUUAUUUCUAUUCUUAUAUGUUAAUCGGUUUGGACGCUUACAAUGACCAAUAUUUUUUUUUCUGUCAAACAUUCAGCCGCGAAAAGAGUAUACAUACACACAGUACAUAAUGCAAAUAUCUGUCAUGGUUUCUAUUAUUUUUUUUUCACCUAAUAUCUUAUACAUUGUUGGUCCUUUCGUUUGUGCAGCGCAUAAAUAAAGUAACCAGAUGGUAUUUUUUUAGUAUAGCUUAUAUCUUACAAAAAAAAAUCAAGGCAAGCGAGGACCGCUUAUUUCUUACCU